AUGACAAAGAAACCACUCGGCCGCUCCACAGGCUCCCUAAACGCGCCCAUCGCGGCAUUCACAAUGGCCGUGGUGCUGUGCUCUUACUGCGUUUACUCGAUAAAUUCUGCACGGAGGGCGACUCACUCCGGCAGCGAGUCUGGGUCGCCAGUUUCGUUGUCGACCUCGGUGCAGAAGAGGCAGAAACAGGAUGAAUGGGUGAAAGGGAUUUUGGAGGAGAAGGGGAGGAAGGGGUGA